AUGGAAACUCAAAAUGCUUUACUAAGUGAGGCACAAGAGGCUGCUUCGCUCUGUGGUGUGACCACCAACACUUCAAUCUCCACUCAUUUCGAAAGCAGUAAUGCAAUCAGAUUUGUUAUCCACAUCAGCGAAGGUGACGAAAGAUACCGCCCGGCUUUCAGCUGUUUGCUCGAGAAUUUCAAAGGUGCACAUUCUAUUACUCCUGAAGGUGCAAGAUUGGGUGAAGUUCUGGCAGAAGAGAACUUAGAAACAGUCCGGGAAAUGCUUUGGUGGUUGGACAUUGCUGAGCUUAGGAGAUUGGUCAGCAUCAAGGUGGGUCAAUAA